AUGGAAAUCCAAGCUUCACUUUACUGGUCUCCUGGGUUCCCUGAUCGCUUCAAGUCUAAGCGCGGCUACAACGUCAUCAAGUAUCUUCCACUGCUGUUCCAUAAGUCGACUUCCUUUACAGCCGCCCAGGCUCCAUACAACACUGCAUUCUACCUCGAUGGAACUCCGGAUGAUGGACAGAGCAAGUACCUCCAGGACUACCGGCUGACCUUGAACAACGGUUACCAGGAGUAUCUGCAGACCUUUGAAGACUGGGCUGAAUCUCUGGGCCUUUCCCACUCGUGUCAAGUUGGGUAUAACAUUCCCUUGGACAUUCUCGCCGACGUACCGCUUGUCUCCACUCCCGAACUCGAGUCUCUGGCAUUCAAAACACCAGAUCAAAUGUCACAAUUCGUCGGCCCUGCCCACCUCGGACGUCGCAACGUCAUCUCCACAGAGAUCGGCGCUGUCUUACAAGGAGCAUACAGUCUGACCAUCCCCUCGCUCGUCAACCUCUUCCACGACGCAUUCGCAGGAGGCUUCAAUGCUAUGAUGAUCCAUGGGAUGACUUACACUGGUGAGCAACUUAGAUCUACAUGGCCUGGAUUCACUCCGUUUCAGUAUAUCUACACUGAGCUAUGGAGCCCAAAGCAGCCGGCGUGGAAGUAUAUGGGUAAGAUGAUGGACUAUACUGCCAGAAACCAGUUUAUAUUGCAGCAAGGAGUGGCUAAGAAAGACCUGGCCUUUUACCUGUACAAAGAUCCUCUUGGCAUAUCUAAUGCAAGACUCUCCGCAAGGCUAAGCUACAGGGAAUGCAAACACGACACUGAAGAAGAGCACGAAGAUGGUUGCCAGCACAUUGAUAACGUAUCCAUAUCUACCUAA